AUGGCCACUGCCCUCGACCCCAAAGUAGCUGCCGUGCUCGACCACCGCCGUACCAACAACCACGACUCCGAUGACGAAGAUGCCCUCAUCGCCGAGCUUGAAGACGAAGAAGAUACCACAUUCUCCGCUCUUCGCGAAAAACGUCUCGAACAACUUCACUCGGAAGUCACCCGUGCUAAACUCAUGCGCGAAACUUCCCAUGGAACAUACAAUGAGAUCCUCGACGAGAAAGUCUUGAUGGACAUUACCACAUCUACGAAAUUGGUCGUGGUGCAUUUUAUGAAACCGGACUUCAAUCGCUGCAGGAUCAUGGACGAGAAGUUACGGGUGUUGGCGGAGAAGCAUUUCGAUACGAGAUUUGUGUCGAUAAAUGUGGAGAACGCGCCUUUCUUGGUGGUCAAGUUGAAUGUCAAGGUCCUGCCUUGUGUGUUGACAUUCAAGGAAGGAGUCAGUUCAGAUCGGAUUAUUGGGUUUGAAGGAAUUGGGUGGAAGCCGGAUAGCUUCACUACAGCAGAGUUGGAGGCGAGGCUGUUGGGAAGUGGUGUACUUGUUCGAGCGAAGAUCACGGAUGACGAUGAUCGGAGAGUGAGAAGGGAGAAGGUCGAGGUGGUAGAUGAGAAUGAUGAUGAUUGGGAUUGA